UCAACUAAUUGUCAAUGCAAGUUUACUUUUGAACAACUCAACAUGCCUUAGCAGCCUGCAAAUUGCUGUUGUAUUAUUUAAAAUAAUACUAGUAGUUGUUAUGUGACUGAAACCUUUCCCAUUGCUUGUUAUAAAAACAAGAAAAGAAAUUAACACCAAAAUUGAAGUAGAGCAAUGUCUUCCUCUUCAGAAUCAAAUCUUGGCAACUAUGGCUUCCUUAUCAUCAGUGCUAUUAUGUCUAUCAUCAUCAUUAGUUACAUUAAGGCUAUCAUUAAUUUCAUCAAGGAUAGAUUCUACAAACAAGAUAAUGCAGCUAGUGAAGUAAAAGAGCCAAGUGAAGCUCCUCAUAAAGUUCCACCAAUUGAGGUACAUGCAGAGAUGUCCUUGGAUGUGCUAACUAUACUCACUGAUAACUUUGGGCAGAAAGCUCUGAUUGCCGAGGGAUCCUAUGGCCGUGUUUUUGGUGCUAAAUUAAGCAAUGGCCAACAAGUAGCAAUAAAGCAAUUGGAUACUAGUUCUUCUCCGGAACCAGAUUCUGUCUUCGCAGAACAGUUACAAAUGGUUUCAAGACUUAAGCAUGAGCAUUUUGUGACUCUGAUGGGUUACUGCUUAGAAGCAAACAACCGAAUCUUGGUUUACGAGUUUGCAACCAUGGGCACGCUGCAUGAUGUAUUACAUGGUAAGCCUGGUUCAGUUCUUACAUGGAAUCAGAGAGUUAAAAUAUUUUGUGGUGUAGCAUGUGGCCUCGAAUAUCUACACGAAAAAGUUGAACCGUCAAUUAUUCAUCGUGAUGUCAGAUCUAGCAAUGUACUAUUGUUUGAUGAUUUUACAACAAAGAUUGCUGAUUUCGACUUGACAAAUCAGUCUUCAGAACAUUUCAUUAGAGUUCAAGAGAGUUUUGGCUACAAUGCUCCAGAGUAUGCCAUGACAGGACAAAUAACUCGGAAAAGUGAUGUUUAUAAUUUUGGAGUUAUUCUCUUAGAGCUGUUGACAGGAAGGAAGCCAGUAGAUUAUACAAUGCCCGAAGGGCAACAAAGUCUUGUCACAUGGGCAACUCCUCUAUUAAGUGAAGAUAAAGUGAAGGAGUGUGUUGAUCCCAAACUAAACAAUGAGUACCCUCCAACGGCAAUUGCUAAGGUGGCAGCUCUUGCAGGAUUAUGUGUUCAAGAAGAGCCAGAUUUUCGACCAAACAUGGCAAUUAUGGUCAGGGCACUGCAGCCACUUCUCAAUGUGAAUUAAACCAGCAGGGGCUAAUUCAGUCUUUUCCUACAAUUUGAAGUCAUUUCAAAAUUUUCUUGUAACCCAAAUUUUUUUUAAGUUAUCUUUAUAAGAAUGAUACUUGGACCAACAUACACGUAUUAUGUAGGCGUUUGGCCAUAGAUUCAAAUUAUUUUUCGCUUUAUUUGAAAUUUAUGGAGUUGGAGUUUGAAUU